AUGCCAGCGCCCAAGCGUUACACGCACCCAAACGCGCACCCAAACGCGCACCCUCACGCGCACUCUCACGCGCACUCUCACGAGCACUCUCACGCGCACUCUCACGCGCACUCUCAUGCCCUCUCUAACGCGCACUCUCACGUGCUCUCUCACACGCUCUCACGCGCUCUCUCAUGCACUCUCUCACGCGCACUCACGUGCACUCUCACAGCACACUCUCACACGCUCUCUCUCACGCUCUCUCUAGUGCACUCUCACGCACAUUCUCUCUCUCACACACACGCUCUCUCACGCGCUCUCUCACGUGCUCUCUCUCACGCGUUCUCUCACACGCUCUCUCGCGCGCACUCUCGCGCGCACUCUCGCGCGCACUCUCAUGCACACUCUCACGCGCUCUCUAACGCGCAAUCUCACGUGCUCUCUCACGCGCUCUCUCUUGCGCUCUCUCUCGCACUCUCUCUCAUGCACUCUCACGCACAUUCUCUCUCUCUCACACACGCUCUCACGCGCUCUCUCACAUGCUCUCUCUCACGCACUCUCUCACGCGCUCUCUCGCGUGCACUCUCACGCGCACUCUCACGCGCACUCUCACGCAAACUCUCACGCGAACUCUCACGCGCUCUCUCACGCGCACUCUCGCGCGCUCUCUCGCGCUCUCUCUCGCGCGCUCUCUCGCGCUCUCUCGCGCGCUCUCUUUCGCGCUCUCUCUCAUGCACUCUCACGCAUAUUCUCUCUCUCACACACGCUCUCUCACGCGCUCUCUCACGUGCUCUGUCUCACGCGCUCUCUCACGCGCUCUCUCACGUGCUCUCCCUCACGCGCUCUCUCACGCGCUCUCUUGCGCGCACUCUCAUGCGCACUCUCACGCGCUCUCUAACGCGCACUCGCACGUGCUCUCUCACGCGCUCUCUCUCGUGCUCUCUCUCAUGCACCCUCACGCACAUUCUCUCUCACACACACGCUAUCUCACGCGCUCUCUCACGUGCUCUCUCUCACGCGCUCUCUCACGCGCUCUCUCGCGCGCUCUCUCACGUGCACUCUCACGCGCACUCUCACACGCACUAUCACGCGCACUCUCACGCGAACUCUCACGCGAACUCUCACGCGCACUCUCACGCGCACUCUCACGUGCACUCUCGCGAGCUCUCUCACGCGCUCUCUCGGCGCUCUCUCGCGCGCACUCUCACGCACACUCUCACGCGCUCUCUCACGCACACUCUCACGCAAACUCUCACACACAAACUCUCACAUACACUCUCUCACACUCUCACGCGCACUCUCUCUCUCACGCGUUCUCUCACGCGCACUUUCACGUGCACACUCACGCUCUCUCUCACGCGCUCUCUCACGCGCUCUCAUACGCACCCUCACGCUCUCUCUCACGCACUCACACGCGCUAUGCGCUCUCUCACGCGCUCUCUUACGCCCUCUCUCAUGCACUCUCUCACGCGCUCUUUCACACGCACUCUCACGCGCACUCUCACGCGCUCUCUCACACACUCUCAGGCACACUCUCACGCGCUCGCUCUCGGGCACUCUCACGCGCAUUCUCUCUCUCUCACGCGGUCUCUCAUGCGUACUCUCACGCGUACUCUCACGCUCUCUCACGCGCUCUCUCAUACGCAACCUCAUUGCUCUCUCACGCGCUCUCUCACGCGCUCCCUCACGCGCUCUCUCACGCGCUCCCUCACGCGCUCUCUCACGCGCUCUCUCACGCACUCUCUCGCGCGCUCCCUCACGCGCUCCCUCACGCACGCGCUCCCUUAG